UAGAGAUGCUGAGGCUACUGAAUCCACAGAUCCCACCAACCAGGAUGUCCAGGGCCACGAUUUGCUUUCUGAUGCUUGGCAUGCUGAUCAGCCUUAUUCAUCUGUCCAACUGUCAAGAUUGGCAGUCCUUUAAGACCAAGCAUGUCGUUAGCUCACGAAACAUUAACUGCAAGGAAAAACUGAAGUAUCCCUUGUUCCUUCUCCAUGGGAAGUGCAGAGCCAAGAACACUUUUAUUGUUGAGUCCGAGAAAACAGUUCUGAGCAUCUGCAGAAAAGCGAUCAAGAAAAGGACAAUUACAAGCCCCAUGAAGGUCCGACUCGCCAUCUGUCAAGAAAGGAAAAACACUCAAUGCGCAUAUGAUAUUGAGGUUCCAAAAAAUUCACAGAUAUGUUUGCUAUGCUACAAAGGAAAGCCUAUACACUUUGUCAAACAAGGAAAAUGUUUGUAAUG